CUUUAUGAUGUUCAGGUUAUUCAACAAAGAAAUGAAGAGUGUGACCAUAUUCAGUUCUUAAUCGAAGAAAAAGAAUCUAAAGAAGAAGAUUUUUAUGAAGAUCUUGACAGAUUUGAAGAGAAUGGUACUCAAGAGUCUCGCAUCAGUCCAUACACAUUUUGCAAGGCCUUUCCUUUCCACAUUAUAUUUGACAGAGACCUAGUUGUCACUCAGUGUGGAAAUGCAAUAUAUAGAGUCCUUCCCCAGCUCCAGCCGGGGUAUUGUAAUCUAUUAUCAGUAUUUUCACUGGUUCGGCCUCAUAUUGAUAUUAGUUUCCAUGGAAUCCUCUCACAUAUCAACACAGUUUUCGUGCUAAGGAGUAAGGAAGGACUUUUGGAUGUGGAAAAAUUGGAAUGUGAAGACGAGCUGACUGGUACAGAAAUUAGCUGUUUACGCCUGAAAGGGCAAAUGAUCUACUUACCUGAAGCAGAUAGUAUUCUCUUUCUUUGUUCUCCAAGUGUGAUGAAUUUGGAUGAUUUAACUAGAAGAGGACUCUACUUAAGUGACAUUCCCCUGCAUGAUGCUACUCGUGAUUUGGUCCUUUUGGGAGAGCAAUUCCGAGAGGAGUACAAACUGACACAAGAACUGGAAAUAUUAACAGAUAGGCUCCAGCACACUUUAAGAGCUUUGGAAGAUGAAAAGAAGAAGACAGAUACAUUAUUGUAUUCUGUGCUUCCUCCGUCGGUGGCCAAUGAAUUGAGACACAAGCGUCCUGUACCAGCAAAACGUUAUGAUAAUGUGACUAUAUUAUUUAGUGGCAUUGUUGGUUUUAAUGCCUUCUGCAGUAAACAUGCCUCUGGAGAAGGAGCUAUGAAAAUUGUCAAUCUUUUAAACGAUCUUUAUACAAGAUUUGAUAUUUUGACUGAUUCACGAAAAAACCCAUUUGUUUAUAAGGUUGAGACAGUUGGAGACAAAUAUAUGACAGUAAGUGGCUUGCCAGAACCAUGCAUUCAUCAUGCACGUUCUAUCUGCCACUUAGCAUUGGAUAUGAUGGAAAUAGCUGGACAAGUUCAAGUCGAUGGAGAAUCUGUUCAGAUUACAAUAGGCAUUCACACUGGAGAAGUGGUCACAGGUGUAAUUGGCCAAAGGAUGCCUCGUUAUUGUCUUUUUGGGAACACUGUAAAUCUCACAAGUAGAACAGAAACAACAGGUGAAAAAGGAAAGAUCAAUGUCUCUGAAUAUACUUAUAGAUGUCUGAUGACUCCAGAAAACUCAGAUCCACAGUUCCAUCUAGAACACAGAGGUCCUAUUUCCAUGAAGGGUAAAAAAGAACCAAUGCAAGUUUGGUUUUUGUCCAGAAAGGGCACAGAGGAAGUAACACAUGAUGCUAAAUGAGCCAGGUGAAAAGCUGGAGAAGAACAGAGUGAACCCUGUCCUGCCAUUUAUCUAGCCUGGCAGUAUAAGAUAUGAUUGCAGUUGCUUCGAUUUUAUGUCCAACUCCACAAUAAGCAGCAAUUCUUACAUCAAGUUUCCUGCUUUUUCUGCUUUUUGUUCAGUUUGUAUUUGAUAUUAUAAUAUUUAUGCUGUAUAUAUGUUUCAAGAUCUUUUGUCUUCCUUCCUGAGUUAUGAACAUAAAUAAUCCAUGCAAAUGCCUACUAAUCAUAAAAUAAUAUUUCACACAUGUGCUUUUCAUCUCUAUAUUUUGUGACUAAUCAUCAUGAUAUUUAAGCUUGUGUAUGCAUUUUCUAUAUAGAAGAAAAAUGAAGGCAUUUAUGUUAGGUUUAUGGAAAUAAAUACCAAUUUCCACUUUAA